AUGCUUGCCACAAACUUAGUCAGAGCACAUGCACAUCUGGACUUUGUAUCUUCUGACCGAGCUGCUCUUGUCCCAAAAGCCCGAGUCCUUUUUCUUCCAAAACCACACCCAGUACCUCGAAAGACAGAUGAUGCGCUUGCUCAGAUCAAUACGCCGGUGAUAUGUCCCGUACCCGCGCAAUUGAAGGCAGAAGAGGUAAUGGACAUCGUGGAAGGAUACGGCUAUCAUGAACGAACAACAGCGGCAAAAGAGUGGCUUGGGCGAUCAUCUUUCAUACCGCGCGUACAGACGCAUAUCAAGAAUAACAGAACAAUUCCUCUGGUACUACCUGCCUUCCCAAUGAAAAGCAACAACCGCAUGGAGAAGGUGCUAGGCGCAUUGCCAGAUCUUGGGGAAGAGCUUGGUUUGGCGAGGUUGGUAAAUCUAUGUGGGGAUAUCAAAGCCGUGUAUCCGCCGGGUGCGAUUGUGGUUAUUGUCACUGACGGAAUUUGCUAUAAUGAUUUGACUGGGAUCUCCGAUGCAGAAGUCUGGGACUAUGGAAGCCGACUACGGGAUAUUGCCACUGAAAAGAGAUACGGAUGUAUCCAAUUCAAUCGAAUCAUGAACCUACUUGGUCUCUAUUGCCGCGAGAAGAUCUCCAAGUCUGAAUAUGUGAAACUCUGUGGUGUAUCACGAGCAGAGCUUCAUCGGAGGCAUGGGAGACCUGGAUUUGAUGUUGAUGGAUUUUUGAAGAGCAACGAAGACUAUCUUCGGACAUAUAAUGGCUAUGAUAAGUUCAUGAAGAUCGAUCUCAAGUAUAGUCCGGCGACCAAAGACUGUCCCGGGCCAAAGCAAUACAAGAAGAGCGUGAAAACCAUAGCAAAAGCUAUGAUUGUUCGGGGGGUGGAAUUUGCAGAGCUCUUACGCCAGGUCUACCCAGAUUCAUUGCGUCUCUCUAUCCAUCCCUCAUCGGGACAGACGAAGCUAUCUUGUCCCUUGAUCCCACAAAUAGACUCAUUCUCCAUGAGUCCCUGGCACUGCAGUAUUGCAGUAAAACUGGACGGUACAUUCCUCACGGCUCACAAGUCAUCGCACAGGCAGAACUUCGACCUUGUGGAGAAGAAUGGACAGCCAUAUUUCUUCCGAGAAAGCUCUCCGCUGUUCAAGUGGGACGUCGAAGUCGAAUUUGAACAUCAGUAUGAACAAAGCCUUGUGAUUCGACAAAAAGAUCCGAAUGAGCAACUGUCUGACUCUGACCUAGACAAGUUGGCACAUCUGGCUAUUAAGCAUAAAACUGUAAAGUUUGACUAUAUUUGA